AUGCUGGUUGUUUAUGCAACUUUAGUAUCUAAAAAACAUUCUAGAAGUGUUGUUUGUGAGGAAGAAAGAGAAUUAUUUUGUAAAGAUUUGGAGGUUUGUAUAGAAGGUGAUGAUUUACAAGUAUAUUUAUUGAUUUCUUCAGUUAAUUUUUUAUGCCAAUAUGCACUAAUGUCUUUGAAACAAGAUGUGCAAUGA